GACAAAGAUUUAAGACUAAAGAGAAGACCAGAAGACAAACAGAAGAGCUUUUUGUCGAGACAAGAACAAAGGCGUAGAAAGAAAUCGCAGCAUUUUAUCUGUGAAUCCAGAAAUGAAAGCCAAGGGAAAAGGAGUCUGGCGCACCGGAACGAAGCUAGGGCUGCCGGCUGUCUUCCUCUCAUGUAUUGUUUUCUUCCUUGCUGGUCUCUUCGGUUCCAUGCUACUCUCUCAGAAUAUUUCUGGCGUACGGACGAGGCCGAGGUUACUACAAUCAGUCGACAAGGAGACAGAGUACAAUUCGAUGCCGCAUGGAGAGUCUGGAGAAACUUCGGUUGCUUCCAUACCUUUUCAGGUUUUAAGCUGGAAGCCUCGAGCAUUAUAUUUUCCGAAAUUUGCUACUGCAGAACAAUGCCAAAGCAUAAUAAAAAUGGCAAAGUCUAACCUUGAACCAUCAACCUUGGCUUUGCGGGAAGGAGAAACUGUGGAGAAUACUCAAGGGGUUAGGACAAGUUCAGGCACAUUUAUCAGUGCAUCAGAAGACAAAACUGGAAUCUUGGACAUCAUUGAACAGAAGAUUGCUAUGGUUACAAUGAUUCCAAGGAGCCAUGGAGAGGCAUUUAAUAUCCUACGGUACGAGAUUGGGCAGAGGUAUAAUUCUCACUAUGACGCAUUCAACCCAGCUGAAUAUGGCCCACAAAAGAGCCAAAGGAUGGCUUCCUUCUUGUUGUAUCUCUCUGAUGUUAAAGAAGGUGGGGAAACCAUGUUUCCUUUUGAGAAUGGUUUAAUGGACAUCAAUUAUGACUACAAAAAGUGCAUUGGAUUGAAAGUGAAGCCAUGCCAAGGGGAUGGACUUCUAUUUUAUUCAUUGUUUUCUAAUGGUACCAUUGAUCCGUAUUGGGUGCACAAUUCAUGCAGACAUCACUUCAUGGGAGCUGUCCUGUAAUUGAAGGAGAAAAAUGGGUAGCAACAAAGUGGAUCAGAGAUCAACAGGAAGAAUAGUUGAAUAUGGAUUUGGUAGUCAGUUCUCUCUCUCUCUUCCCAUUAUGUAUUUCGCUUCAACUUCUCCGAUUAUAUAUGAGAUGUGCUGGUUAAAGGAUUAUUCUUCUAGUAUCAAGUUCUAAAAUCAUCACCACCUUGUUACUCUUGGAGGGAUCUAUUGAUUCUUCUCAGAUGACAAGAAUACGUGU